GGCGGGCAGAAUUAAAGGAAGGAAAAAAUAACUGAAUACAUUUACAGAAGGGAUAACAGAUGGCCAAGUCUGAUGCUUUACAAGCAAGCUCUUUGGGUUAAGAAACAUAAUGAGCUUCACUGCCCUGGCAAUACCUUGUGUGUCAAUGUUCUUCAUCUGGACAAGCUUCUAUUUUCUAUUAUGUACCAUCAAUCCCCAUCGAAGUUAUGAAUGGAACUGCCGAUUAUUGACAAUAUUUCAUGGAUCGUUAACAUCAUUGCUGUGUUAUUGGUCUGCGUUUAUCACUGGCCCCUGGCCACUGGUUGCGAUGGGCGAUGUGAACAGUCCUUUCCACACUUUCAUAGCCACUUUCACUCUCGGAUACUUCAUGUUUGACUUUCUGUGGUGCUUCUACAUGGGCACAGAAGGGAUCGAUAUGCUGUUACACCACAUGGUCUCCGUCUGUUCUUUAGUUUUUAUUCUCUUUGACGGCAAUUCAGGUCCUGAACUUGUUGCAGUGAUACUGGGGACUGAGAUCUCUAAUCCAUUCUUACAAAUCCGAUGGUUCAUGCGAGAAACUGGACAGUAUCAAACACUUGUGGCAAAACUGAAUGAUGCCAUUUUCAUGUCAAUGUUCAUUGGGUGGCGUCUUGGACCAGGAUCAUUGCUUUGUUAUCAAGCACUGUCAUCUCCUAAGCCAAAACUUUUUGUCAAGUUGGGUGGAGCUGGUUUGUAUCUGAUUAGUUGGGUCUGGGUAUUUUAUAUUCUACGAUUUGCAAGGAAAAGGUUCUUUAGGAAAAGUAAAGUAACAUAGGUUGUGUAUGCAUUACCGAGACUUUCUUGAAAAUAAGACUCCCUUGGAGCCAGUACGAAAUACUUUCUGCUUCAGGAGUCCUGUUGAUAGGGACCUACUCCAGUCACUUGCUUAAUGGUAGUGACUUUUAUUACGAUGCUAUCUCUAAUAUUUUACAGUGCAACUACUUGAAGUAGGCCACCAAGAAGAAAACUAACCAAUCAAAUCGCAAACUGAGAAUAAUGUAUGGUAGCUUCUCCUGACAUCAAGUAAUGGUCUGUUUGACAUGAAAACAUAAACACUAUCAACUCCUCUGCAUGAUAUACACUCUUGAAGAUUCAGUCCUUGAUGGUGAAGUGUCAUUAUUAUAAAUCUCGCUUGAAAAAUUUAGCUUCAAAACUCAUCUAGCAACAACUAAGCUGAAACCAUUGAGAAGCGUACAAAAUUUUAGGAUCGCAAUUAACCAAUCAACAAAUGGCAAAGUUUCCUGAAAGGCUUUCAAUACUUU